CAUAUAAUACAAACUGACAUUGUUUUUAGUUUAAUGAGAAACGUGAACCAGAAAAGUUGCAAAAUUUUAGAACAAUAACAAAGCGAUAUGAUUUAAAUACAAUUUAUUUCUCUGAUUAUUGCCGUAAGGAUGGUUUCGCCACAAACCAUCAGUAAAGGAUCCUGUAGUAAAAGUGUGGAAACUAAGGCGGAUUUUGACGUUGAUAGAUACUCUGGUCGUUGGUAUGAAUAUGAAAAAUAUCCAUUCAUCUUUGAAUUCGGCGGCAAAUGCAUUUACGCUGAUUACCAUAAUUUAGGUAACAACGAAGUCAGCGUUUUUAAUUCUCAAAAAAGUAAACUCACCGGGUUAGAUAGUCGCAUUAAAGGUGUCGCCAACGUCAUAAGUCCCGGCAAACUUCAGGUACGAUUUGAUGGAUUUGCCGCUUUAGCAGGUCCCGGUGAUUACUGGGUUUUAGGUACGGAUUACGAAAAUUAUGCUGUUGUAUACUCUUGUACGGACUUUCUGGGCAUAGUUAAUACGAAAGUGAUAUGGAUUUUAACCCGCCAACGUUUUCCUGGUGACGACAUUGUAAGCGAAGCUCGCGACCUAAUAUCUUCAAAUGGUUUUUCUUUAACGAAUUUAGUAAGAACCGAUCAAAGUCAGUGCGAGUGAAAGAUUACAAUUCCGGCAUUUUUUAAAAUUUGCAAACUAUUCCUGUUUAAUUUUUAUGUUUUAUGUAAUUAAAAGAAGUAUUUCCCUCGUCUUCUUCCUUUUUUCUUUUGCCCUCAACAUUUUUUGUUGUCGUUUUCGUUUUUAAUUACAAGCAAUUAUAUAUUCAGUUAUUUAGCAUUUGUUAACGGCUUUGUGGCGACUUUGCAUAGACUUAACAUAGACUUAAGAUUCUUUACAAGUCGACAUGAAAGCAAAGCGGCAGCAAAACGAUUACAAGAAGAAUGAAAAAUAAAAUGAAAUGAAAAUAGAAAUAGAAAUAAAAAUAAAAAAAAAAGUAAAACAAAAUUAUAUGCGCCUUGUGGUCGUUCUUGGUUAUCAGUCAUCUUAACAAUUGCAAAACUUUUGCAUUAACUUCAAACGAGUUUACAUAUAGGCUACUAUUUGAGUAGAAAACAAAAGCCGUUAAAGCUUGAAAAUUAUUGACAAUAUUGAUCUUUUUAGUUAUUUGAGGAUCGUUUGUUGGGACAACUUUGAUCGAUGCUUUCCGAACUUUAUUUUAGGGAAUUUUCAAUGACUACUUGGUGUCAUUGGAUUGAAAGACGAAUAUGAUUAUCAGUUUAGAAUUGCGUAUAAUUCUCUCCGUGUGUGGAAUAAGUGCCUUCCUAUUUCAUAUUUAAGUUUA